AUGCCUGUCACUCGUUCUGCCAACCCAAAUUCACUAUCAACGUCAUCCAAAGCCAAAACUUGCUCUAGUGUUGGAAUGACCACAGAUCUUUCAACUCCAGGCACGUCUCCGCGCCGUACUCCCCACUGCAAGACAUGCCACCGACCCAGGCAGGGACAUCCUCGCUCCGGCUGUCCUUAUAUUGAGCCUACGAUGUCGGAUCGGACUAGUGGUGCCACAGAAGAUAUCGUGGACGAAAUGUCAUCCUUGCGCAUUGUAAAUUCCAAUGACGAGCGUUCUUCCGUUUCCACUGAAACACCCACCCAAUCCAAGAAUCUCAAACGCCGACUCUCUGUUCGUUUUGCCCUUCUUCCAGCGGGAAGUCUCACUUCACUCUCCACCACAUCUUCCGAAAUCGUAGAGAGACUUCUCCAACCAGGAAUGAUGAGUAACGUAUCCGACGGUGAAGAUCAUGAUGAUCAUGAUGGUGGUGGUGGCGAUGGCGAUGGUCAGAGAGCAAUAAUGCGAUGGAGACGGACUUUAACUAGUCCUGAAUCACCUCCGGAAGAAGCUCCAGAAAUCAGCUCCAGGGCGGGAAACGAGGCAUACGCAACUGGUCAUGCUAGUCCGGGUACCGGCCUGUCACGUCUUAUGCCGUGCACGCUGCAGACUCCGACUGCGAGUCUGGUGUCCACAGAACCACUUUCUAGCCACCCCACAAGUGACUUCGUCGAUAUGAACAAAACUAUCUUCCUUGAUGCCGAUUGCGAAAGGAAGCCAAAUCCUUUGGCACGAACAAUGAGUGCAGAUGAGAGAUCAUUAUUCCUCGACAAUCUCACGCAAUCAUCAGGGGUUGCACCUGCCAUGUUAUUCUCUGUCCCAUUGAUCGAUCUCAAGGCUGUACAGUGCGACGCAGAAAAACUAGGUUUCAGCGUCCGAGUGCUGCCGAAUGGAAGCUCACAAGAGCACCGAUGGGUUAUAUUAGCUAAGGAGGGGGGUGCAGCGGAAUUCCUUCAACAACGUCUGACGGAGGAAGAAGAGAAAGGGCGGAAAAAAAAGGGGAAUCUCGGUGUUGCCGCUGGCGGAGCACUGGUGGGCGCUGUAGCGACAUUCACGGGACUGGCGUUUUCUUGA